GCCGCUUCGAAAAGAGAGUCUCUAAAAUUCCUGUCGCAACAAGUGUGAACAUUCUCUUUUUCUCUGUUUUUCUUUUUUGCUGUGAAAAAGUAUCGGAAAAGUUCAACAGCUUAAAAAUUAUAACGAUCAUGGACGAUAAUUGGGACCGUACGAUAUUUGACAAGGAGCUGAAAGCAAUAUUGGAAACCAAAUUGCCAGUGUCGGCUUCCAGAAUCACCAAUUUGCAGGCGCUGGCCACCGCUCACCCACAGCAUCACAAUUACAUUAUUCAAUGCAUAUGUCGCUUUCUUGAGACCGCGCCUCCUGAUUAUCGGUUAGCAGGUUUGUAUGUGAUUGAUGCCAUUUCACGCUCGGUGCACAAGAAAUUACGGAAACGGGAAGAAGCCGGGGACAAGGGAGCACCAUUGGAAGUGGAAGGGUUUUUAAAACGAUUUGCUAUCGUGUUGAAGUCGGAUACUUUGAUUGGAUGCUUUGAACCGUGCUCGACCAAAGACAAGGUAGGAAAGCGUUUUUUUUUUAUCCUUCAUAUAUUAUUUUUCAAAAACUUGUGUGAACAAUGCUUCCUAUUCCAUGUAAAUCGACUUGCUCUUCGGUGAGGAGAGAAGAGAGGAAGAAAAAAAAAACCAUCACAGCACCACCACCAACGACGAGGGUCAAGAGUUUUCAAUCCUGGAACGGAGGAAGUCGUGCAAACGCGAGCAGUAUCUUUCACUGCGUGGGAAAUGGCAGCAGUUGGUCGGACGAUGAAGAACAACGUUGGUUGGUGCAGAUGAUCACUUUUGCUGAUAUCUUGGACUUGUCCAUGCUGUUUUCUCUCUCUCCUCUC